AUGCCCAUCACGGACGAGGACGCCGCGCUCCAGGCCAUAGCAGCGCUGGAAUGCCUCUCAGAAGAGCAGAAGUCCGCCCUGGACUCCAUCAACAGCAUGUUGAAUAAUGAUGAACCAUUCGUGGAUAUCCAUGAGCUGUUCAGGCUCUACAACACUCUGUAUUUCCGAGACCUCCUCGUACCCCGAGUUGAGGUGACAUGGUCACCGCGAUUGACCCUCUGCGCCGGAAUAUGUGAGCUCUCCAAGGACCCCUCCACCGGGAAAUUCACACGCAUCCGCUUGAAAAUGUCCACGCCACUUCUGCAAUACCGUCCUCGCUCAGACACCAUAAACACGCUCCUCCACGAGGCCAUCCACGCCUAUUUCUUCGUAAUUACCUCCUGGCGACACUUCCGCGGCGAUGACGGCACUGGGCAUGGCGUCGGCUUUCAACUCCUUGCCGACGCAAUCAACAACCAUGGAAACUACGAGAUAACAAUAUAUCACACCUUCCAUGACGAGGUGGAUAGCUAUCGUACGCACGUUUGGCAGUGCGAUGGUCAUUGUAGAAAUCAACCUCCGUACUUUGGUUUGGUGAAGCGGAGUAUGAAUCGGCCCCCUGGAAAGGCCGACUCUUGGUGGUCGAGACAUCAGGCUGAGUGUGGAGGGGUCUAUACGAAGAUUCAGGAGCCGGAGCCUACGAGGAAGCAGAAGGAGGCUUUGAGUAGGAAGGAAAGGGCUGGACGGCAGAAAAACAAGAUUGAUGGAUGGGUGAGGGUGGAAGCGGCGGGAAAACCGGGCGCAGAGGGCAAAACUUCUGCUAGCCCAGUCGAACGAAAUGGGGAGGGUAAAACCUCAGCCAGAAUCUUCAAUGGGAAGCGGAAGACGGAGAUAAUCUCGUCGUCGGGCAAGAGCUCUACUGCAGGCCAGAAACGGCUAAGGGCUGAUGAUGAUGAUGAUGAUGAUGGCGAGGUUCUGAUCGUAGAGAAGAGAGUCCUUGUCGAGUGUCCAAUACGUAGCGUUCAAGUAGUCGAACCAGAAAUCAAUGAGCACCUCGACGUGGUGCAUCCUGUUUAA